GGUUUUUUUUAUCACAUGGUUGCAACGAGGAGCGGUCCUUGUGUUCAUCCUACUUUUUUAAAAUUUACAAUACAUUUAAAAUAAGAGACUAUUGGUCUUUGUAAUAAUACCAGAUUUCCAACAGUUACAAAGAAAACACUUCCUAUUGUAAAGAAUGUGUCAGGUCUAAUUAUCUGCGUGCAACUGCAAAGCCUUAGUCGUCUUACGUAAAGCUAUUCAAGUUACUUUAAUUACUGUGUCCAAGGUCCGGUGCUAACUCCAAUUCCACUUGCUAGCCCACGAACACAUCGCUACAACUGGUUUCGAGUGUACUAUGACAACAGGACAGGCGUUUUAAAACAAAGAUGAAACAAAAAACACUUCGGGAUGACAGAGCAAAAAUCGUCGAGAAUAUCGAAGAGCAGUUUGUUGAAUCUCCGAACACGAGAAAAGUGAAAAAGUGGCGCAAGCGGCAGUCGGACUCCCCGCAGGCUGCCGCUUCAGAAGGAAGCGGAGGCUCCAGCACUAGUCAAGGAGACAAGCGCUCUUCCAGACAGGUUCACUUCGCCUUCUUACCGGACAAGUACGAGCCUUUGGUAGAAGACGACGAGACGACAGGACGAGCUAAAGAGGAAAAGAAACAGCAAAAGAAACAGAAGUACAAGAAGUACAGAAAGAAUGUGGGCAAGGCCCUUCGGUUUGGAUGGCGGUGUCUUGUGAUUGGACUUCAGGAGUUUGCAGCAGGCUACUCUUCGCCUAUGACAGUGGCAACUGCUCUUUUCCCAGACACACAUGGAGCAAGGUCAAGAAGCUGAUAAUGGCGACGAAUCCACAUCCAUGGCUGACCGGGACAUCAACUCCUCGUAUUCUAGUUGUCUGCAUGGCACCAUAAUCAGAAGCCAAUUGAGACAGAUAAUGAUUUUGAAGAAAAUUCAGAAAUCUUGAACACAAGUUAUUAAUGAUGAACACAUGAAACAUCUUAAUAUUACCUGAGGUAAUAAAAAGGUAAUGUGCUUUUCUUACAGUAUUUUAGUACUUUCCUUAACUUCUGCUUAUGCUGCCUCAAGAAAAGGAGGGGACACAAUGGUAAUGAACUUUAUCUAUUGGUGUAAGCUGCUCUAAAUCUUAAUAAAAAAUGUAUAUAUUUGUAUACAAAAGCAGAAAACAAAAACAAUAUAUUUACAUUGUUCAUCAUGAAAAGCUUUUUAUCACACUUGAACCAAAAUGAAUCACAUUUAUAGAAUAAACGUGAUUCAUUAUAAUGAAUUGAAGGAGUAUAAAGUGUUCUGUAAUAUUUAAUAUGGCAGUAUAAUGCUUUAUAAAUAUCUUAGACAUUCUACAUUCAACAACUUUUAAAAAAUGUGUUUUAUAAAACACUUAGAAAAUUAUUAGCUGUAAUAGUUGAAAUAUUAUACCAUUUUCACAAUGUACUAAAAACCAAAUGUCAGUAUUUAAGUGCUGAAGACUGUAAACUGCACAAUACCUCAGGUUACAGUCUGGAGAACAAUUGUGACAGUCACUUUCAAAUCUGAUUUUGUGAUUGUAGAAACCACAAGUCAUGUUAAUUCUCAGAAUAUUGCUAGUCUGUAAUACUGUCUAGUAUGUCUCAGUGGGGUAGAAAGAAGGGAAAGGCAAGUUCGAGCAGAAGACAGGAGCAUGUGAAUGUGUGAGACAAGAAGAACGAAGUGGAAGAGGUUUGAGUGAUGCAAGCUGAAGCCUAGGAGACAGGGUGAGGGAAUUCAAUGUGGAAAAUAACGAGUGAAGAGAAAGGGGGGAAUGAUAUAAGAAUGGACUACUUUUGCUUUCAGUAUUCUGGCUGUUCUACAUGAAUAAACACGACACAUCAAUAUCUUCCUCUCACAACACAAUAAAAGAAAAGCAGGAUAUUAGGUUAUUUCUGUGGAAACAAGUGCGAAAUUAAACAUUUUCAAGAGUUUGCCUAAAGUAUGUGUACCUUAGAAGUGCUAAAAAAUGACUAUUUGUAUUAUUUGAUAUUUGACUUUGAUUCACAAGAUGAAUUUAAGCUUUGGCUGCACUUUUGAACAAAUGAUGAAGUGUUCAAAUCACUACACGAACAAUCCAUAGUAGCUUAGAUGCUGGCAAAUGCUUGUGCUACUGAUUUUUCAUUGGUCUCAUUUAAUUUUGUGUUGAUUUACAUAAAAUAUAAAAGGGGUAAUGUAUUGGUGCCACAUGCAGCAGUCAGAUUUGCUAGUGAAAAAGAAAUUUCAAAGUGGACGUUUUUAAAUUAAAAUACGAUUGUAUAAAAGGAGGAGUGGAAGUUAGGUUUUUGAACAGCAGUCCCAAGCAGGCAUGGGUUCUGUAUCUAGAAUGGGUAUUUAUCUUGUUAACUACAUCAAUCAGUGAGGAGUAAAUUCUCAUUUUAACUUAACUUAACUUAACUUGUUAAGAUACCUGUUUAUACACCCGGUAUUUAUGGGAGGGGGUGUAGUGGAGUCUGAGUCCACAGUAUUCUGGUCAAGAGAGUGUAGAGACUCUCGGUCUGGCUAAAUGAGGCUCAACAGCUGAAUUGUUUUUUUCUUUCUAAUUUUCAGCAUGGAACUUUUUGACUAACAAAAUUUCACCUGUGAAACAUUCCUUAGCCUAAAUACAUGCUUUAAGUGCAACAGAUGUGCCACCUGCUGGCUUUCUUAAACACAAAGGAUCAAAGUCUGACUGAAUUCUACAAGACUUCAAAAGGUGUAAUUAAAAGUGCCUUAUGUGAUAUUAUUUCUCAGUUUCUUUAAAACAUAAUCUUAAGCCCUCUUUCUUAAACAUUUGUGAAUGUCAAUUAAUUGUUAGCUUGUAAAUUUAAAUAUCCACCAUUUUUUCUUUGAAAACCAGUGUGUACAGGUAUGCUGUGUAACCACGUGGUAAAAAAGGAAAAAUGUCCACAUGUAAAACUAUUCUAAAAAAAUAGAAAAUGUUUUAUGUCCCAAAAUAACAAAGGUAUCUUAUAGCUAUGUUGUGAUUAUCUGUAGUGUAUCUGUAAAAUCUUUUAUAUAUUAUUUUCAGUGAAAAAGCUUUCUUAUUUCAAUGAACUUUACAGUGUUAUCAAGUGUUAACAAUUAUCAUUGAAUCCUGCUUUUUUGUAAUUUUACAGAAUUUUCAACAUAAUCAUAAUGAUAGCUUUUAAGAGCUAAUUUAUGUUCAGUGUGCUAAAUGUAAAGUAUUAAGUCAAAAUUAUAUUUAUUUUGUAUUGAAAAACAGUCUGUAGAAAACCUUUUUGUUAUAGUGGAAUUACACUUUUUUAAUAUUUUAUAUUGCAUUUUAAUAUUUUAAAAGUUAAAUAUAAAUUAUUUCAUAUCCGAAUGCUAAUUAACACCAAAAGUGAAUGAUGAAUCUUUGAACUGAAUUAUCUCUACUAAAAGAUAUAGCUGUCAUCUUCAUAGCAACUUUUUAUUUACUUAUGGUCUAUUUGUUUCAAAUGUUGAAAAUAAAUAAUAUUGAAGUUUUGUAUUUACUAAUCUGACACUUACAAGUCAAUAAAAAUAUCUUAAAACUGA